CGCCGACGCGCUCUCAUUGGCUCCAGCGCGCCGGAAGCGGUGUCGGAGGGAGGCGGCCCGUUCUGCCUCAGUUCGCCCUGCGUUCUGCCCUGCCGCGGCCUGCCCCAGGCGUGUCAUGUAACAACUAACAAUUUACACGUGAAAACAGAAAAUGGCUUCAAGAGGAACAACGGAGACCAGUAAGCUAAAACAAAACUUGGAAGAGCAGUUGGAUAGAUUAAUGCAGCAGCUUCAAGAUCUGGAGGAGUGCAGAGAGGAGCUAGAUGCAGAUGAGUAUGAAGAGACCAAAAAAGAAACUCUAGAACAGCUGAGUGAGAUCAAUGACUCUCUGAAGAAGAUUAUGUCUGGAGACAUGACUUUGGUGGACGAGCUCAGCGGGAUGCAAUUGGCAAUACAAGCAGCCAUCAGCCAAGCAUUUAAAACUCCAGAAGUAAUUAGGAUGUUUGCAAAGAAGCAACCAAGGCAACUGAGGACGAGGUUGGCAGAGAUGGACCGAGACUUAAUAGUAGGGAAGUUGGGACGAGACCUGUACACACAGCAGAAAGUGGAAAUCCUGACUGCCCUCAGAAAGCUUGGUGAGAAGCUCACUUCAGACGAUGAGAUGUUCCUGUCAGCAAAUGCAGGUACAGCCCUCAGCCAGUUUGAGAGAGUCUCCUCUGACCUUGGCUCAGGAGACAAAGUCUUUGCUCUGGCAAGUGUUGAAGUAGAAAAGGCGAAACAAUGAAGAGGGUGAAUCUAGUGAUUGUACUCAUCUGAAAGAAAAAGUGUUAGAGGCACAAUUGAAGCUUCAAAUGCUCUGUCUCUCUUUCUUCUCUCUUUGUCUCCUUGUAUUAUUUCCCUUCUUUGAUCUUGAAUGGAAAAGUAGCAAGUUAGCUUUGUCUUAAAGGAAAAAUAUAAGUCUUCUUAAGAGAUCCCUUAGUUAUAAUGUUACCUUGCCUGUUAAAAUCAAAUUAAUUUUGAUAGAGAUUUCUGUAUUAGUGAUACUCUACUGACCAGGUGCUUAAGGCCAUGUCAUUAGUGACUGAAAUGGUAGGCAAAUCAAAAUAUAACCAUUUGGGUUUGUUUCCGUUAUGGCCAUUCCCUUCCUAUAUAAGGACAAAUAUAAUUUUUACAUUGUAAAGAAAGAAGUCACCCUGCAGUCAUCUUUUAGCUUCUCCACUACCAUCAUUUUUGAAUUAUCUUCACUGUGUUCUGGGGAAGUCUUUUCUAUUGGGGAAGUAAGCUCUUACUUCAAUUCUGUCUGAGCUACCCACGGGAGGGGAGUAGGUGUGCUCACACUGGAGUUUUGCUUUAGGAGUCAUGGAAAAUGUGAUGCUUCGCCUUGCUAUGAGGUUGUAGGGGUUUUUAACUUUACCUUAAUAGAUUUUUUUUUUUUAUGCUUGUGAGGGAGAGGGGGGGAAAUUACUGGAAAUUAUGUUGCCCCAGAUUUGUCUUCCAUAACUUUUAACCAUCCAGGCUUCUCACCUGAGUCAAGCAGGAGCUGCAGAUGUUCAGAGCGUCUGAAAAGGUGGCCUAAAGUAUCUGACACUAUCUGACAGGAUGAAUAAAAACGUUUCAGACUAAGUAUGCUCCAAAAUAAGGUCUUAAAAGAGGAAAUACAGACAUAAGGUUAGUGGAUAUAACUAUUUGUAAGCCAUUGCUGUAUCAUGCACUGAAAUGUCUACUGUAAUUUAACACACUAAUGUGAUAAUGAUAUAGUUAAUAGCAGAUUUCUUUUAAAACAAGUUCUAAUCAUGGAUAUAUCUUUUUAUCUUGCUAUCAUAGUAGUUUGCUGCUUGAUAAUGUUUAGGAUUGUAUUACAACACGCCUCCAAAAAUGGUCGGUAAUAAUCGCAGAUGUACUGACAAGCAUCAGGCAGGACCUGCAGAUCCCGUGCACAGAAGUGUUAAUGUCCGGGUAAAUCGCUUUUCUUUUCAUUGUCCAGUUAAUAUCCUUGUAAGGUGGAGAUAGAAAUUAAGUUCUGUAAUGUUGUUGUAAGAGAGUGUGCUUUGCAACUUUGUAAAUGCCAGAUUUAAUCUGGAAACACUUCUGGUUUUGAAUAAAAUAUGCAGCUGAGGUUUUUUACCAUACAAACUAAGUCUGGAUUAACAAAAAAAAAAAGGUUGUCACAGCCUUCAUAGCCUUUUUUUACACUAAAGGGCUUUUUUUGUCUGUCCGUCAAAAAUAUCUCUGCGUAUUUCCUCCCUGCAGUCUGUAGAAACAUUAAAUGUUGCAACUAA